GGCUUCCUUGACAACAAAUGGUCGAGGGGAGCGAAAGUGUGUGGUCCUGCUCUUUAGAGGACCUCUUCUUCGUUAUUCGUCUGACUGCCCGAACAUUUCCUUGCUCCGGCAGCGGAAUGGAAGAACCCUGGUGACAGCACCACGGACAGACCCACGCUGAGACCGAGGAUGGCGGUGGACGCGGCUUCCAGCUUCAGCUUUUGCCGCGCCUCCCUGGAACACACACUGUCGGCUGAAGAACUGAGCUACCAGCUGCCACGUCGCUCGGGAGGCAGCAACCUGACCUGGCACGACGGCCGCGGCCAGACGACGGCGCACGCACGCACUGUCAAACUUUUGCAGCAACCCGGCACGGAGGGCAUCCAGCUGCAUCCAGGUGAAGCGUUUACUGUGUAUCACACCAGCCCAACGUUGUCGAGUCUGUCCAAACCUGUGGUGCUGUGGACUCAACAGGACGUCUGCAAGUGGCUUAAGAAAAACUGUCCUCACAACUACCUGACCUAUGUAGAAGCCUUCUCUCAUCACGCCAUCACAGGGCGGGCCUUGCUGCGUUUGAAUGGGGAGAAGCUCGAGAGAAUGGGAAUUGUCCAGGAGACACUAAGGCAAGAAGUCCUCCAACAGGUCCUCCAGCUUCAGGUUAGGGAAGAAGUUCGCAACCUACAGCUCCUUAGUCGAACCUCCUUUGGAAACUUUUCUUAGUUCAUCCCUUUGUCCACUUGGCAGCCUUUGCCCCCGUCCCCUGCCACACACACACACACACACACACACACACACACACACACAAAAAACCUCCACGAGCCUUGGAAGAGCUUCUGUACUGAGAUUGGUGAGCGGAGAAUCAAGCGGACAAGCCGAGAGACGCCAUGCCAACCAGUCUGGUGGAUUGUCUUUCAGCAUCGGUUUAGCGGGCCUCAAGGCGGAGACAAAGACCCGCUCAAGGCCUGCGUACCAACUGUAGCAUAGUGAGAAGGUGGGAGCAUGGUGUUGUAGCUAACUAACAAUGGUUUAUGCCUACUUUCAGCAACUCCAUUCUUAGUGGACUUAAAUGUGGGCUCCUCAUGCUUUGUGGAAAAAAUUACCAACCGCUUCCUCUAUUUACUCCACAUUGAUUGAUCAAUAUACUCAUGGUCAGUAUGAUUCAGUACACAAUAGUAAUGAACACUGUUAAAGCUGCUGUGUCACAAAUAAGUGGCAGCCGAGAGAACGAACGCGUUCUAACCAUCUGCUAGCGUUAUAUCCCGCAUUUUUCCUGAGUCCACCAUGUCAGCUACACCACACUAAACGGACACAGCAAAACCGUAUGGUACAAAAGCAGAGUUUGGGGAAGUCUAUGAUUUUUCUCACCUUUGAAAUCAUUUCGCUCUCCAAGGUAUCCUCCUUUGCGUAAGACCAAACGGCGAUUUUUUACACUUUGUAACUUCUAAUUAUGAGAAAUAUAGACAUUAAUCUGUCAUAACGUUUUUAGCAUUCAAUCAGACAUUAUUGUGAGGUUUUGAAUUAGUAUUCCUAAAAAUAGAUAUACCGGCACCCAGACACAUUUUUUUUCUCUAAAUGUGGCUCCCGAGUCAAAAUAAUUGCCCAGGCCUGGUUUAACACAAGUAUCCAACAUUGUAACAUUUACAAGUCAGAAAAGAUUAAAUUCAUCGUUGGUCCCCUUUAAACUACUAAUGUUAACAUGUGCUAGCCGUUUGUGAUGUUUUUUAUUUUUUUUUGGAUUAAUCAUUUUUCUUUAGAUUUAGACCAAGUGACAUACAGCAGCUUUCCUAUGACCAUCUUCUUCCAAACUGAUCUUUUUCAAUGCAUUCUUUUCUCAAGGUUGGGGGGUACAUAAUGUUGAAGUUACCUGUCACUUUUCAGGCAAUUGAUGCUGAGAACAUGGUUUCACUUAUAUAAUGACAUGGUUUUGCCAUUUUUCAAGCAAAAUUGACUGUAAUUAAUUCCAUCUAAGCUGUAAAAUGAAUGCUGCUUGGAGAUGAUUGGAUGUGGUUUUGAGUAAAUUGUACUGAUGUCCUUCUACUGUAAACUAAUCCAUCAUUCACAACCUACAGUGCAUUUUCCUCUCAGGAUUUCAGCUUUGAAAUGACAACACUGGCGGAUGAGUAAUGGUAGAUAUUACGAUCACACUUUUUGUACUGUGAUUGAACUAGACUUUAUACCUUGUAGAAAUACAGUAUAUACAUUGUAAGGGUUGUAAAAUAGGAUACUCGGAGGAGCUCAGUGUUGUUUCAGUGGGACAAAUCCCAAGGACACGCAAGUGUAAUGUGGUGAUCUCAUUGUCUACGCUUGAUGAAGCAAUAAUAUAAAUAUAAAUUACACAAAGACGAAUAGCUGUUACAGAUAAGUGUGACAUAUUGAAAUGAGUUGUUUGUAAUAUGUGUGCUAAGGGGAAUGCUUUGCCUAUUACAGAAGCAGCAUUUAGCAGAUUGUGACUGUAAAGUCAUGGUGAUGAACACAAAGAAAAAGAAUGUUGUAUUGUUCCCACCCUCUCCUCUCGGUGUGACACUGUGAUUUUACAUGCUUCUAAAUCAUGUAAUACUGUGACAGUCUCCCACACAUAAGAUUCCGUCUCAAGUGAGCAACUUGGACGUCAGUUUUUGUAGAGGCAGACAUCCGUGUAGGAUAAUAAUUUUAUAUUUGCAUACGUCAGUAGAUAAUCAUGACCCAUCAGACACCUUCACUGCAUCUGGUCUUUGGAAGCCAGAUGCCUAUGGCCUGUGAUUGAGUGUUGAAAGGGAGAACGACUACGGUAUUAUUUUUCAAUGAUCUGACUAUCUGUGUAUAUGCUGUAGAGUGUACAUCAUUGUCUGUAGGGAAAGUAAAACGAUGUAUGUCUGCCUCACAGAUAUGACAGUGGACUUUUCUACAAUAAACUAAUGCAGUUAAAUGUUGAAUCUCCUGUUGUUGAAGACAAAAUGCUGUUCAAAUGCCACCCCUUCAGUUCCCUUAAUUGGUUCACAUACUUUGAAACAAAUUCAAUAGCGGAAUAUCUAACACAGGGGUCUCAGACACGCGGCCCCCACCUUAAUAUGAAAGUUUAAUGUUAGUGCGGCCCACAAGUUUUAUACGAAUGGCGCUUGACAGUGUUGUGUUAUUUGGGUCCAAAAUGGCUCUUUCAACAUUCUGGGUUGCCUACCCCUGUGUUAGUGGAAAAGCGGCAAAUGAGUGAAAGCGACAGAUAAGUUGCCAUGGAGACGAGGGUUUUCUUACGUGCCUGGCUGCAGUCACACCGCGACACCUGUUUGUCAGUAAUAACAGUCCUGGACCAUUUCAAACCGUUAAUUGCUUUUAUUAUUGUUUAAUUUGCAUUGCUUCACACGAUGAACACUACACAUAUUUUUAUAUGACGCCGGAUAACACUCCGGGAGCCGUCACUUUUUUGCGCUCGUUAUCCCGGUACUUUCCCGGCUAUUAUCCGCCGACCGCCGUGUUGCUGUAGGGAGGAAAAGUGGAACGACACACAUUGCGGAAUUAACAUUAUUCUCCGUGCGUGGGCUAAAUAUUAAUAUAUUAAUAUAUUAACUUAUUUGCACAGAGAAAUUUGUGGUGCAUAAGGGAUACAAUUUGAAACGUCAUUAUACAACUACACAUGCCUAAGAGUAUGCAAAGAUUUUUUUAAGAAAUAAUUUCUCGCGGCUCAGCCUCACCCAGACUCUGCAUCCACUGGCCCCUAGGUAAAUUGAGUUUGAGACCCCUGAUC